AUGAAUAUGGUAGAAGCAGUGGCAUUGUUUGAUUAUAAUGGUAGAACAUAUAAAGAAUUAUCAUUUAAAAAAAAUCAAACUUUAUUUAUUCAUAAAAAAAUGAAUCAUGAAUGGUGGUUAGGACAUAUAGCUGGUGGAAAUCAGUCAGGAUUUAUUCCUGACGGUUACAUCAAGCUUAAAUCCAGACGCCGAGAUUCAGCUCCUGUUCAACAUCCUCCUAAACUUAGUUUAACACCUAAUCCAUCAUCUUCAAUUACUUUACCAACAUUAUCAAAUGAUCAAUUAAAUGCCUCUAUUUCAACCACAUUCAUAUCUAAUAGAUAUCAUCAAUCAUCGAAUUAUUCAUUAAUUGAUGAACAUCGUCUUGAAUCAGCAAAAGAAACUAAAAUAUUUGAUGAAGUUAAUUUUGAUAUGAACAAUAACGAACAAGAAAAUAAUUCUUCUACAAUUGAAAAUCAUCCGAUACCUGCUUCUCGUAAAAUCUAUAAUGUUCGAUCAUCUAAUUCAUCUCCACCAAUAUCAUCAUCAGCAGCAGCAGCAACAGCAGCACAUGUUACAUCAAUAAAUGAUCAACAAAUAAUUGAUAUUGAUACAGCAUUACGUGAAAUUUUAUCAGGUAUUCAAACUGUUGAAGAAUGUCAUGCACAAUAUUUUCGUUCAAAUAUACAACAAGAUAUUGAUGCACCUGAUCUUGUACUUAAUUUACCAAAAUCAAAUGGAUUUCUUACAACACAAACAUUAAAAUCAUAUGAUGAACAUAUAAUAAAAAAAUCUUCAUUACCAAUAUCACAUUCAACAAUAAUUAUUGAUUUAACAAAUACAUCACGAUCAAAUUCAUCAUCACCAGAAUUAAUUCAACAAAAUAAAAUUCCACCACCUAUUAUGAAAAAAUCAGAAAAAACUUUACAAUUAAUUAAACGUCUUGGUGUACAACAGACAAAUGAAUCAUUAUCAUCAUCAACACAUUUUAAUAUUACACAUCGUCAACAACAACAACAACAACAUUCAAUAUCUAUUUCUAGUUCAUCAAAAGCUACACAAGUUUAA